AUGAGGUGCCACGUUGCUUCCAGCUGCCUCGUCGUCUGGCUUUCUGUGCUGAUCUCUGGAUGCUGUGGCCAGGUGAACCGACUGCCCUUCUUCACCAACCAUUUCUUUGAUACAUACCUGCUGAUCAGCGAGGAUACGCCUGUGGGUUCCUCUGUGACCCAGUUGCUGGCCCGAGACAUGGACAACGACCCCCUGGUGUUCGGCGUGUCUGGGGAGGAGGCCUCCCGCUUCUUUGCCGUGGAGCCUGACACGGGUGUGGUGUGGCUCCGGCAGCCGCUGGACAGAGAGACCAAGUCAGAGUUCACGGUGGAGUUCUCUGUCAGCGACCACCAGGGGGUGAUCACGCGGAAGGUGAACAUCCAGGUCGGGGACGUGAAUGACAACGCGCCAACAUUUCAUAAUCAGCCCUACAGUGUCCGCAUCCCUGAGAACACGCCAGUGGGGACGCCCAUCUUCAUCGUGAAUGCCACGGACCCCGACCUGGGUGCGGGCGGCAGCGUCCUCUACUCCUUUCAGCCCCCCUCCCAGUUCUUUGCCAUCGACAGUGCACGUGGCAUUGUCACAGUGAUCCAGGAGCUGGACUACGAGACCACGCAGAGCUACCAGCUCACCGUCAAUGCCACGGAUCAAGACAAGACCAGGCCUCUGUCCACCCUGGCCAACUUAGCCAUCAUCAUCACAGACGUCCAGGACAUGGACCCCAUCUUCAUCAACCUGCCUUACAGUACCAACAUCUAUGAGCAUUCUCCUCCGGGCACCACGGUGCGUGUUAUCACCGCCAUCGACCAGGAUAAAGGAAGUCCCCGGGGGAUUGGCUACACCAUCAUCUCAGGAAAUACCAACAGCAUCUUUGCCCUGGAUUACAUCAGCGGGGCACUGACCUUGAACGGCCUGCUGGACCGGGAGAACCCCCUGUACAGCCAUGGCUUCAUCCUGACUGUGAAGGGCACAGAGCUGAAUGAUGACCGCACCCCAUCUGAUGCCACAGUGACCACAACCUUCAACAUCCUGGUGAUUGACAUCAAUGACAAUGCCCCAGAGUUCAACAGCUCCGAGUACAGCGUGGCCAUCACUGAGCUGGCACAGGUCGGCUUUGCCCUCCCCCUCUUUAUCCAGGUGGUGGACAAGGAUGAGAACCUGGGUCUGAACAGCAUGUUCGAGGUGUACCUGGUGGGGAACAACUCUAACCACUUCAUCAUCUCCCCAACCUCUGUCCAAGGGAAGGCAGACAUUCGCAUCCGGGUGGCCAUCCCCCUGGACUAUGAGACUGUGGACCGUUACGACUUCGACCUCUUUGCCAAUGAGAGUGUGCCUGACCACGUGGGCUAUGCCAAGGUGAAGAUCACCCUCAUCAACGAGAAUGACAACCGGCCCAUCUUCAGCCAGCCACUGUACAACAUCAGCUUAUAUGAGAAUGUCACCGUGGGGACCUCUGUGCUGACAGUCCUGGCAACAGACAAUGAUGUGGGCACCUUUGGGGAAGUCAACUACUUCUUCAGCGAUGACCCUGAUCGGUUCUCUCUGGACAAGGACACGGGACUCAUCAUGCUGAUUGCCAGACUGGACUAUGAGAUCAUCCAGCGCUACACCUUGACAGUCCUUGCCCGGGACGGGGGUGGUGAGGAAACCACAGGCCGGGUCAGGAUCAACGUGUUGGAUGUCAAUGACAACGUGCCCACCUUCCAGAAGGACGCCUAUGUGGGUGCCCUGAGAGAGAAUGAGCCUUCCGUCACACAGCUGGUGCGGCUCCGGGCAACGGAUGAAGACUCUCCUCCCAACAACCAGAUCACCUACAGCAUAGUCAAUGCCUCCGCCUUUGGCAGCUACUUCGACAUCAGCGUGUAUGAGGGCUAUGGAGUGAUCAGCGUGAACCGCCCCCUGGAUUAUGAACAGAUACCCAACGGGCUGAUUUAUCUGACGGUCAUGGCCAAGGAUGCUGGCAACCCGCCUCUGAACAGCACUGUCCCUGUCACCAUCGAGGUGUUUGAUGAGAACGACAACCCUCCCACCUUCAGCAAGCCUGCCUACUUCGUAUCCGUGGUGGAGAACAUCAUGGCAGGAGCCACGGUGCUCUUCCUGAACGCCACGGACCUGGACCGCUCCCGGGAGUACGGUCAGGAGUCCAUCAUCUACUCCUUGGAAGGCUCCUUCCUGUUUCGGAUCAGCGCCCGCUCAGGUGAAAUUACCACCACCUCCCUGCUGGACCGUGAAACCAAGUCUGAGUACAUCCUCAUCGUACGGGCAGUGGACGGGGGCGUGGGCCACAACCAGAAAACCGGCAUCGCCACUGUGAACAUCACCCUCCUAGACAUCAACGACAACCACCCCGUCUGGAAGGACGCCCCCUACUACAUCAACCUGGUGGAGAUGACCCCUCCAAACUCCGACGUGACCACAGUGGUGGCCAUUGACCCAGACCUGGGGGAGAAUGGCACUCUGGUGUACAGCAUCCAGCCACCCAACAAGUUCUACCACAUCAACAGCAGCACAGGCAAGAUCCGCACCACCCACGUCAUGCUGGACCGGGAGAACCCCGACCCCCACGAGGCGGAGCUGAUGCGCAAGAUCAUCGUCUCUGUCACGGACUGUGGCACACCCCCUCUGAGAGCCACCAGCAGUGCCACGGUGUUUGUGAACCUCUUGGACCUCAAUGACAAUGACCCCACCUUUCAGAACCUGCCUUUUGUGGCCGAGGUGCUUGAAGGCACCCCUGCGGGGGUCUCCAUCUACCAGGUGGUGGCCAUCGACCUGGACGAGGGCCUGAAUGGGCUGGUGUCCUACCGCAUGCCUGUGGGCAUGCCCCGCAUGGACUUCAUCAUCAACAGCAGCAGCGGCGUGGUGGUCACCACCACCGAGCUGGACCGCGAGCGCAUCGCCAUGUACCAUCUGCGCGUGGUGGCCAGCGACGCGGGCACACCCACCAAGAGCUCCACCAGCACGCUAACCAUCCGAGUGCUGGAUGUCAAUGAUGAGACACCCACCUUCUUCCCUGCCGUGUACAACGUCUCCGUGUCCGAGGACGUGCCGCGGGAAUUCCGGGUGGUCUGGCUGAACUGCACCGACAACGACGUGGGCCUCAACGCUGAGCUCAGCUACUUCAUCACAGGUGGAAACGUGGAUGGGAAGUUCAGCGUUGGCUACCGCGACGCCGUCGUGAGAACGGUGGUAAACCUAGACCGGGAGACCACAGCCUCAUACACGCUCGUCCUGGAGGCCAUCGACAAUGGCCCCGUGGGCAAGCGGCGCACAGGCACGGCUACCGUGUUUGUCACCGUCCUGGAUGUGAAUGACAACCGGCCCAUCUUUCUGCAGAGCAGCUAUGAAGCCAGCGUCCCCGAGGACAUCCCUGAGGGCCACAGCAUCGUGCAGCUAACAGCCACGGAUGCGGACGAGGGCGAGUUUGGGCUUGUGUGGUACCGCAUCCUUCACGGUAACCAUGGCAACAACUUCUGGAUCCAUGUCAGCAGUGGGCUCCUAAUGCGAGGGCCCCGGCCCCUAGACCGGGAGCGGAACUCGUCCCACGUUCUUAUAGUGGAGGCCUACAACCACGACCUGGGCCCCAUGCGGAGCUCCGUCAGGGUGAUAGUGUACGUGGAGGAUGUCAACGACGAGGCACCAGUGUUCACGCAGCAGCAGUACAGCCGCCUGGAGCUUCGCGAGACGGCGGGCAUAGGCACGUCAGUCAUCGUCGUCCGAGCCACGGACCGAGACACUGGGGAUGGUGGCCUGGUGAGCUACCGCAUCCUGUCAGGCGCGGAGGGGAAGUUUGAGAUCGAUGAGAGCACGGGGCUUAUUAUCACCGUGGAUUACCUGGACUACGAGACCAAGACCAGCUACCUGAUGAACGUGUCCGCCACCGACCAGGCACCCCCCUUCAACCAAGGCUUCUGCAGUGUCUACAUUACUCUGCUCAACGAGCUGGACGAAGAUGUGCAAUUCUCCAAUGCCUCCUACGAGACUGCCAUCUUGGAGAACCUGGCACUGGGCACCGAGAUCGUGCGGGUCCAGGCCUACUCCAUCGACAACCUCAACCAGAUCACCUACCGCUUUGACGCCUACACCAGCGCCCAGGCCAAAGCCCUCUUCCAGAUAAAUGCCAUCACGGGUGUGAUCACCGUCAAGGGCCUGGUGGACCGGGAGAAAGGUGACUUCUACACCUUGACGGUGGUGGCCGACGUCGGCGGCGGCCCCAAGGUGGACUCCACCGUGAAGGUCUACAUCACCGUGCUGGAUGAGAAUGACAACAGCCCCCGGUUCGACUUGACGUCCGACUCGGCUGUCAGUGUGCCCGAGGACUGCCCCGUGGGCCAGCGCGUGGCCACUGUCAAGGCCUCGGACCCCGACGCCGGCAGCAACGGGCAGGUGAUCUUCUCCCUGGCCUCUGGCAACAUUGCUGGGGCCUUUGAGAUCAUCACCACCAACGACUCCAUUGGCGAAGUGUUUGUGGCCCAACCCCUGGACAGAGAAGAGCUGGACCACUACAUCCUCAAGGUUGUGGCAUCCGACCGUGGCACCCCUCCACGGAAGAAGGACCACAUCCUGCAGGUGACCAUCCUGGAUGUCAAUGACAACCCCCCGGUGAUCGAGAGCCCCUUUGGGUACAAUGUCAGCGUCAACGAGAAUGUGGGCGGGGGUACCGCUGUGGUCCAGGUGAGAGCCACCGACCGUGACAUCGGGAUCAACAGCGUCCUGUCCUACUACAUCACUGGGGGCAACGAGGACAUGACCUUCCGCAUGGACCGCAUCAGUGGCGAGAUUGCCACGCGGCCUGCACCACCCGACCGUGAGCGCCAGAGCUUCUACCACCUGGUGGUCACCGUGGAGGACGAGGGCACCCCUACCCUGUCGGCCACCACCCACGUGUACGUGACCAUCGUGGACGAGAACGAUAACGCGCCCAUGUUUCAGCAGCCCCACUACGAGAUCUUACUGGAUGAGGGCCCGGACACAAUCAAUGCCAGCCUCGUCACCGUUCAGGCACUAGACCCGGAUGAGGGGCCCAACGGCACAGUUACCUAUGCCAUCGUUGCAGGCAACAUCAUCGACACCUUUCACAUCAACAGGCACACGGGCGUCAUCCGUGCUGCCAAGGAGCUGGACUACGAGAUCAGCCAUGGCCGCUACACGCUGAUCGUCACUGCCACGGACCAGUGUCCCAUCUUGUCCCAUCGCCUCACCUCUACCACCACGGUGCUUGUGAACGUGAAUGACAUCAACGACAAUGUGCCCACCUUCCCCAGAGACUACGAGGGACCAUUUGAUGUCACCGAGGGCCAACCAGGACCCAGAGUGUGGACCUUCCUGGCCCAUGACCGGGACUCGGGCCCCAAUGGGCAGGUGGAGUACAGCGUCGUGGAUGGAGACCCGCUGGGGGAGUUUGUGAUCUCUCCCGUGGAAGGGGUGCUGCGGGUCCGGAAGGAUGUGGAGCUGGACCGGGAGACCAUUGCUUUCUACAACCUGACCAUCUGUGCUCGAGACAGGGGUGUGCCCCCGCUCAGCUCCACGAUGCUGGUGGGGAUCCGGGUGCUGGACAUCAAUGACAACGACCCCGUGCUGCUGAACCUACCCAUGAACGUCACCAUCAGUGAGAACAUCCCCGUCUCCAGCUUCGUCGCCCAUAUCCUGGCCAGCGACGCUGACAGCGGGUGCAACGCCCUCCUCACCUUCAACAUCACUGCAGGCAACCGAGAGCGGGCCUUCUCCAUCAACGCCACGACAGGGAUCGUCACUGUGAACCGGCCCCUGGACCGCGAGCGGAUCCCCGAAUACAAGCUGACCAUUUCCGUGAAGGACAACCCAGAGAAUCCACGCAUAGCCAGGAGGGAUUUUGACUUUCUGCUGAUCUUCCUUGCGGAUGAGAAUGACAACCACCCCCUCUUUACUGAGAGCACCUACCAUGCAGAGGUGAUGGAGAAUUCUCCUGCUGGGACCCCCCUGACGGUGCUCAAUGGGCCCAUCCUGGCCCUGGAUGCAGACCUGGAUGUCUACGCCGUGGUGACCUACCAGCUGCUGGGUGCCCACAGCGGGCUCUUUGAUAUUGACAACAGCACCGGCGUGGUGACGGUGAGGUCAGGUGUCACCAUUGACCGGGAGGCCUUCUCACCGGCCAUCCUGGAGCUACUGCUGCUGGCUGAGGACAUUGGGCUGCUCAACGGCACAGCCGACCUGCUCGUCACCAUCCUGGAUGACAAUGACAACAGGCCCAUCUUUAGCCCUGCCUCCCUCACUGUCCACCUGCUGGAGAACUGCCCGCCAGGAUUCUCAGUCCUUCAGGUCACAGCCACAGAUGCGGACAGUGGCCUCAAUGCGGAGCUCGUCUACCGAAUAGAAGCUGGGGCUCAGGACCGCUUCAUCAUCCACCCAGUCACUGGUGUCAUACGUGUCGGCAAUGUCACCAUUGACAGGGAGGAGCAGGAAUCCUAUAGGCUGACAGUGGUGGCCACCGACCGGGGCACCAUCCCUCUCUCGGGCACAGCCAUCAUCACUAUCCUUAUCGAUGACAUCAAUGACUCCCGCCCUGAGUUCCUCAACCCCAUCCAGACGGUGAGCGUGCUGGAGUCAGCUGAGCCAGGCACGGUCAUUGCCAACGUCACCGCCAUCGACCGUGACCUCAACCCUAAGCUGGAGUACCACAUCAUCAGCAUCGUGGCCAAGGACGACACUGACCGCCUGGUGCCCGACCAGGAGGACGCCUUUGCCGUGAAUAUAAACACAGGGUCUGUAAUGGUGAAAUCCCCCCUGAACCGGGAACUGGUUGCCACCUAUGAGGUCACUCUCUCAGUGACUGACAAAGCCAGCGACAUACCAGAGCUCUCCGUCAGUGUGCCAAAUGCCAAGCUGACGGUCAACAUCCUGGACGUCAAUGAUAACACGCCCCAAUUCAAGCCCUUCGGGAUCACCUACUACACGGAGAGGAUCCUGGAGGGGGCCACCCCAGGCACCACGCUCAUCGCUGUGGCAGCCGUGGACCCCGACAAGGGCCUCAAUGGGCUGAUCACCUACAGCCUGCUGGACCUGAUACCCCCGGGCUAUGUCCAGCUGGAAGACUCCUCAGCAGGGAAGGUCAUUGCCAAUCGGACAGUGGACUAUGAGGAAGUGCACUGGCUCAACUUUACCGUGAGGGCCUCAGACAAUGGGUCCCCACCCCGGGCAGCUGAGAUUCCUGUCUACCUGGAGGUUGUGGACAUCAAUGACAACAACCCCAUCUUUGACCAACUCUCCUACCAGGAAGCCGUCUUUGAGGAUGUUCCUGUGGGCACGGUCAUCCUGACAGUCACCGCUACUGAUGCCGACUCAGGCAACUUCGCCGUCAUUGAGUACAGCCUUGUGGACGGCGAGGGCAAGUUUGCUAUCAGCCCCACCACAGGUGACAUCUAUGUUCUGUCCUCUCUGGACCGGGAGAAGAAGGCCCACUAUAUCCUGACGGCCUUGGCCAAAGAUAACCCUGGGGAUAUAGCCAGCAACCGUCGAGAAAAUUCGGUGCAGGUGGUAAUCCAGGUGCUGGACGUUAAUGACUGCCGGCCAGAGUUCUCCAAGCCCCAGUUCAGCACGAGCGUGUAUGAGAAUGAGCCAGCGGGCACCUCCGUCAUCACCAUGAUGGCCACCGACCAGGAUGAGGGCUCCAAUGCGGAGCUGGCCUACUCCCUCGAGGGCCCAGGCAUGGAGGCCUUCCACGUGGACAUGGACUCGGGCCUGGUGACCACAAAGCGGCCACUGCAGUCCUACGAGAGGUUCAACCUGACCGUGGUGGCCACGGAUGGCGGACAGCCCCCACUCUGGGGCACCACCAUGCUCCUGGUGGAGGUCAUCGACGUCAAUGACAACCGCCCCAUCUUUGUGCGCCCACCCAAUGGCACCAUCCUCCACAUCAAAGAGGAGAUCCCACUGCGCUCCAACGUGUAUGAGGUCUAUGCCACAGACAAGGACGAGGGCCUCAAUGGGGCCGUGCGCUACAGCUUCCUGAAGACAACAGGCAACCGGGACUGGGAGUAUUUCACCAUCGACCCAAUCAGCGGGCUCAUCCAGACGGCGCAGCGCCUGGACCGAGAGAAGCAGGCAGUGUACAGCCUCAUCCUGGUGGCCAGCGACUUGGGCCAGCCGGUGCCUUAUGAGACUAUGCAGCCACUGCAGGUGGCCCUGGAGGACAUCGAUGACAACGAACCCCUCUUCGUGAGGCCUCCAAAAGGCAGACCCCAGUACCAGUUGAUGACAGUGCCUGAGCACUCACCACGUGGCACCCUUGUGGGCAACGUGACAGGUGCUGUGGACGCAGACGAGGGCUCCAACGCCAUCGUGUACUACUUCAUCGCAGCCGGCGACGAAGAAAAGAACUUCCAGCUGCAGCCCGACGGGCGUCUGCUGGUGCUGCGGGACCUGGACAGGGAGCGCGAAGCUGUCUUCUCCUUCAUCGUCAAGGCCUCAAGCAAUCGCAGCUGGACACCCCCCCGUGGGCACUCCCUAGCUCUGGACCUGCUCACUGACCUCACCCUGCAGGAAGUGCGUGUCGUGCUGGAGGACAUCAACGACCAGCCACCACGCUUCACCAAGGCUGAGUACACUGCAGGAGUGGCCACCGACGCUAAAGUGGGCUCAGAGUUAAUCCAAGUGCUGGCCCUGGAUGCAGAUAUUGGCAACAACAGCCUCGUCUUCUACAGCAUCCUGGCCAUCCACUACUUCCGGGCCUUUGCCAAUGACUCUGAGGAUGUGGGCCAGGUCUUCACGAUGGGGAGUGUGGAUGGCAUCCUGCGCACCUUCGAUCUCUUCAUGGUCUACAGCCCUGGCUACUUUGUAGUGGACAUUGUGGCCCGGGACCUGGCAGGUCACAAUGACACAGCCAUCAUUGGCAUCUACAUCCUGAGGGAUGACCAGCGGGUCAAGAUCGUCAUUAAUGAGAUCCCCGAUCGCGUGCGUGGCUUCGAGGAGGAGUUCAUCCGCCUGCUCUCCAACAUCACUGGUGCCAUCGUCAAUGCUGAUGACGUGCAGUUCCACGUGGACAUGAAGGGUCGGGUGAACUUCGCACAGACAGAGCUGCUUAUCCACGUGGUGAACCGCGAAACCAACCGUAUCCUGGACGUGGACCGGGUGAUCCAGAUGAUCGAUGAAAACAAGGAGCAGCUGAGGAAUCUAUUCCGGAACUACAACGUCCUAGACGUGCAGCCCGCCAUCUCUGUCCGGCUGCCCGAGGACAUGUCCGCCCUGCAGAUGGCGACCAUCGUCCUGUCCAUCCUCCUUUUCCUGGCUGCCACGCUCUUCAUCCUCAUGAACUGGUACUACAGGACCGUACACAAGAGGAAGCUCAAAGCCAUCUUGGCUGGCUCGGCAGGGAAUCGCGGCUUCGUUGACUUCAUGGACAUGCCCAACACCAACAAGUAUUCCUUUGACGGGGCCAACCCCGUGUGGCUGGAUCCUUUCUGUCGGAACCUGGAGCUGGCUGCCCAGGCAGAGCACGAGGAUGACCUGCCGGAGAACCUGAGUGAGAUCGCCGACCUGUGGAGCAGCCCUACCCGCACCCACGGAACUUUUGGGCAUGAACCAGCAGCAGUCAAGCCCGAUGAUGACCGGUACCUGCGGGCGGCCAUCCAGGAGUAUGACAACAUUGCCAAGCUGGGCCAGAUCAUUCGGGAGGGGCCCAUCAAGGGCUCGCUGCUGAAGGUGGUCCUGGAGGAUUACCUGCGGCUCAAAAAGCUCUUUGCACAGCGGAUGGUGCAAAAAGCCGCCUCCUGCCACUCCUCCAUCUCCGAGCUGAUCCAGACUGAGCUGGAAGAGGAGCCGGGGCAGCGCAGCCCCGGCCAGGGCAGCCUGCACUUCCACCACAAGCCGUCUACAGAGCUCAAAGGGCCAGACGGGAUCCACGUGAUGCACGGCAGCACAGGCACGCUGCUGGCCACCGACCUCAACAGCCUGCCCGAGGAUGACCAGAAGGGCCUGGGCCGCUCAGUGGAGACGCUGACCACCACCGAGGCCAGCGCCUUCGAGCGCAACGCCCGCACCGAGUCCGCCAAAUCCACGCCCCUGCACAAGCUUCGCGACGUGAUCAUGGAGAGCCCCCUGGAAAUCACAGAGCUAUGACUAGAUGGGGGGAGCCCCAUGGGUAUGAGCAGCCCUCCCGGGGCAAGAGCAGGGGCAGGACCUCCGGGCGGGCGGGCCCCCUCCCCAGGCAGCUCUGCGUGUGCAGCCUUGGGUUGGCCCAGCAGCAGGGCCCACGUCAGCUGCUCAGAUUAUACUUUUGCCAGACGCUCACUCGGCACCUGAUCUCUACCUUCAUAAAAUUUGUUAUUUUUUUAAGAAAACCAACAGAAAUGGUGAGUAUCUAAGAACGAGGUAAGGAGGGUCACUGAGAGCCCAGGAGUCUGAGGAUCAUAUCUCAGCCCAGGCUGAGCUGAAAGAGGCCAAGCCGGCCCUCUUUCCCUCCCACCCUGCCUCACGGCACAGGAGUCCAGCACCGAGGAGGGAGCCCAGAGCAGGCAUACCCCGGAUGGCCUUGACUCUCUCUGACACCAGUUCAAGUCCCAGUGCAUUUCUGCCACAUCCCUGGCCGGACAUCCAGGUGGGGGCAGUGAGUAAUCCCUGCUUCCCCACACAGACAUGGUCAAUGUCAGUCAAGGGCAUUCUCUCCAUUUCACUGGCUUUCCAAAUGUUCCGGGCUCAUAAAAUGACUGAUGUUCCCUUGGGUUUUGAAUAUAGAGUGUUCGUGUGUAUUCCUUUUUAAAAUUAAGUUACUCCCUCCAUAUUCUCCCCUUGGUUUUGUUCAACUGAUACGCACUGAACGUUUCUGGAAUGGUCUGAAUUUAAAAAAAAAAAAAGCAAGUCACAAGGAACAGGCAAUUCACUCUGGCUCUGGUAAACUACCCGUGGGGCUGGGCCGGCCGAUCGGGGGUAAGGACAGGGCAGCAGCUCUGGACCCACCUUUGGGGGCACUCCUCUGACCACUUGCCCACUACUGGCCCCAGGUCAGUCAGGGAGGACCAGAUGGCAUUUUCUUUCUCUGGCCAAACGGGGCCAUAGGACUGCUGGGCACUUACAGGUUCACGGCCUCGGAGCUCAUUAGCAGCCAAACUCUUCU